CAGCUAACCAUCGUAUCAGGCUCACGGCGUGUAUCGCGGGACAAUGGAAGAACAUUCUUCGAUUUUCAUAUCGCUUGCCUUUGACUUCGGUACGACCUAUAGUGGCUAUGCCUUCUCCUUUAAAUCAAGUCCAACGGACGUUAAUGUCAACUGCAAUUGGUACGCUGGAUCUGGUAAACUUGUAUCACAGAAAACAUCAACCAGCCUCUUGCUAGACCCAGACGGCAAGGUCCACUCAUUUGGAUUUGAGGCUGAAGACAAAUAUGCAAAUCUUGCGGAAGAGGGAAUUCACCACGCUUGGAGAUUGUUCAGACGCUUCAAAAUGUUCUUAUAUAAUGAUCCGGGUUUGGCUAGUACUUCUACGGUUGACGACACGGAAGGUCGGUCGUAUUUUGCGAUUCUGUUGUUCACCAUGGCGAUUAGAUUCCUGCAUCAACAUGCGCUGCAACUUUUAAACCAGCGUAACAUUGUCGUUAAAGAAACCGAUAUCCGAUACGUCAUCACAGUGCCCGCAAUCUGGGGCGUUCCUGCCAAACAGUUCAUGAGAGUGGCUGCUACAGAUGCUGGAAUUGAUGGCGAAAGACUGAAGAUUGCCCUAGAGCCCGAAACAGCCUCGAUUUGGUGUGAAAGGCAAGGGCAAAGAUUUACAGGAAACAAGUUCAUGCUCGUGGAUUUAGGAGGCGGAACUGCGGAUAUCUCUGUUCACGAAAAACGGCCUGACGGGCGACUGAGAAAUAUCCAUGCCCCAAGCGGAGGCCCGUGGGGAGGUACAUGCGUCGAUGAAAACUAUAUCAAGUUUUUAUCAGAGGUAUUCGGAAAAGAAGCACUACAAGAUUUGAAAAAGACAGACAUGUGCGAUUAUUUAGAGUUAAUGCGAGACUUCGAAAUGAAGAAACGAGCAUUUGACUUUCAAUCUGGACAUUGGAUAAUUUUCCGAAUUCCUGUGUCACUUUGGAAUCGUGCUGAGAACCAGCUUGGGCAGACAAUUGAUAAUCGUCUGAGGUCAUUGACAUACGGAUCGAAUGUUACUGCAACGAGCGGGGCUAAAUUGAAAGUCCAUCAGUCUGUCGUUAAGGCCUGGCUCGAUGAACCAGUCUCAAAGCUACUUGUUCAUCUGGAGAAGAUUUUGAAGGAAAAACAUAUAGAAGACAUACAGCAUCUUGUAUUGGUAGGCGGCUUUGGAGAAUGUCGAUAUGUUCAACAGAGAAUCCAAUCAGAGCUGAAAGGGAUGCAACUGAUAGUUCCAGAAGAUGCAGGCUUGGUCGUCCUAAAAGGAGCCGUUGUUUUUGGACACAGUCCUGAAAUUAUUGCGUCAAGAGUGAUGGCUUUUACCUAUGGAGUAAGGCGGUACCAACGAUUUAAUCCGGCUAAGCAUCGCGAUGAAAUGAAGGUCUUUAAGCAAGGCGAGUGGCUCGUGCCAAACUGUUUUAAAGUGUUCGUGCGAGCAAACGAAGAGAUUGCAAUCGAUGACAGUGUGUCCUAUAAUUGUACACCUACGGGUAAGGUGUCUAGAAUUGUGAUUUACAUGACACGCGAGAGGGAGCCCAAAUACACGACUGAUGCAGGCUGCAAACGUGUAGCGUCCUUAAAGUUACUCAAUUCGGAAGACAUCCCAUAUACGGAACAGAAAUGUGUUGUUUCCUUUUUGUUCGCCGACACGGAAUUGAUCGUGAAAGCACAGAACCGCGUCACUGGAAAUGUAACAAUCCUUCCAUUAGAUUUACUAGACAAGAGGAACAGCAGUGAUAUUUCUGUUGAUGGUUUAAGUGAUACACUUGAACCAGACAUUGUCGAAUCAACAAAAUUAUGAAAGCAAGUAUGAAUCAAUACUAUUUUGCGAUAAAUGCAUCAUACUUGGACUUUUUCGAGCAUACAUUUCAAGUGCUAUGGUGGUGAUUAUUUUUUAAAUACGUAUAUAUUUGUAUCAUGUAAGUAAAUAUUUGUAUCAAGUUAUUAAACAUUUGCUUAUGUUUAUAUUUAAUAAGUUUUUGUGAGAAGUACCUGGCAUUUUAUCAGAGAUGUAAACAUAUUCAUUGUUUCAAGUUAAAUACUUGUAAAUUUUCAAAACAUUUAACCUUCUUGAUUAUAAUCUAGAAGACGAACAUUGUUUUACAUGAUGUAUUUUUGAUAUUAUUGAAUUAUUAAAAUAAAAUGAAGUUUACAUAUAAUGGCAUAUAACUCGGUAACAACUUAAUUACGGCAAUAUAAUUACAUGUAGCAUCCGUUCGAAACAAUAAAAACUUGGACGAUUAGUCAUUACGUUUUUGACGAUUCAUUAAUAUUGCUCAGCGAUGUAACACUAUGUAAACUCGAUCAUAUUGUGUAGUGUACGUACUCUAUUUUAAUAAUGUCUAUUCAACAUAAUAAAUAAAUGUUUCUGAGUAAUUCAGCACCAAUCGCUAUUAUUGUUCCUUAAUUAUAAAAUGUAUUAAUGUAUUUCACGUAUAGCCUCCCUUGGAAGCUAGAAUGGCACGUCAUGUAACCUGUGUAUUUCGGUAAUUAAAUGGGGAUUUCAUUCGUUGAUAUGCUUAACACAAAGGUCAAUGCAACGUCCAAGACUAGCAAUACUUACCUUCAUUCCUUCAUUUAUACAUUGAAAAACAAGAAAUAUAAACAAUAUGGACCAUUCAUUGGGCAUAUUGAGGCACUGGGGCUGAUGUAACUGCAAACGCGUUUAAUAAAGCCAUAAUUGGCGUAAGAAAUCAUCAACAAGAGAGCAAUUGUCACCAAGAUACAUAUCUUCAAUAGAGUUAUUUUUAAUGAUGUUUUGACCAGAAUUGUUUCCUUGAUUAAUGACUCAGGGUCGUGCUCGCAUCAAUAUCCUCAAUCCUACCCCAGUAGUAUUGCUAAGAUAAUUGAAAAUCUACUUAUACUGGACAAAGAUAUGUUCCGUACAAAGUGCUUAGGAUGAAUUUCUCUGAAUUUAUAUUUAACCUUGUAUUGUGACCUUGGCCUUGAACUAACGGAACGACCCUCUAAUCAUCAGUCAUUUCACUCUUAUGUUCCAGAUAUAUGGCCGAUACGGUGUUUAUAACUUGGAGCCAUUUAAGACUCCCUGGUGCUGGUACCGAUCCGUAUUUCUUAGUUCUUGAUUCGCAUCUAAUCUUGGCUAAAUGAAAAUUUGCAUCGCCAUAUUUCGUGUUUUCCAUUUAAUUUCAGAUCACGCGCGAGACCUCCCAUUAAUACUGGCGACUCAUGUGCUGGUGAUAAUUUUUUUCUCAGUGCACAUAAAGCAUGUAAUAAAGACAUUAUAUUAACCCGGACGAUCUAAAAUCUCACCAAGCCUCGCAAUUAAUUUAUUCUAAUCCUCGCCUGAUAUAUUACAUAACGAUCAGGCAGUAAUCUGUUUUUCUGUUUAUCAUACCUCUACGUCCCACAUUUUAUAAGAAAUUGUGAAAAAUAAUCGCUACGACGCUGCAUUUUUGCGGGAAUAAAUAUGAUUUUGACGUUUGAUGUACUUGCGCUUAAUUUUUGUAUAAUAUGUGUUU